ACCGAACUUUAUAAUAAAAUUAAAAAAAUUGAAGCCCUUUUCAGGAUCAGUUAGGACGCAGUACCCGCCACGUUGUGAUUUUCCUUAAUUAACAACUUUAACUCCGGUAGCUUCUCUCUUCUCCGGCUUUCUUCAAAGCGGUUGACCCAACUCCGGCGAAGUACCUAAAUUUCCGAUCAGUUUCCCCUAACUUAAUUUUCCGUUUCUGAAAAAUUUUAGUACUGAACCCCAAAAUUCAGUUUCCGAAACUUAGAAAAACGAAAUGAAAAACGGAGAAGUAGUGAACGGAAGAGGAGGAGUAUGUUCAUCGGAAACCGUUAAUGGAGGCGAAGAUGUGUUCAGUUGCGAAAAAACUGAUGCUUCCUCUGCUGAUCAUCUUGUAAUUAUGGUACACGGUAUUCUAGGAAGCACUACAGAUUGGAAGUUUGGUGCUGAGCAGUUUGUCCGGAGGUUUCCUGACAAAGUUUUUGUUCAUUGUAGUGAACGUAAUAUUGGAAAACUAACAUUGGAUGGUGUGGAUGUAAUGGGUGAGAGAUUGUCAGAGGAGGUUCUUGAAGUGAUCAAGAGAAAGCCAGGUCUGAAGAAAAUUUCUUUUGUCUCACACUCUGUUGGAGGGUUGGUGGCAAGAUAUGCCAUUGGGAGGUUAUAUAGACCUCGUAGAAUAGAAAAUACUGAGGAUUUAUCAGCCAAUGCAUGUGUAGAAGGGUUGGAGGAUUGCACGAUAGCUGGUUUGGAACCAGUUAAUUUUAUCACUGUUGCCACACCUCAUCUUGGUUCUAGGGGUAACAAGCAGGUGCCAUUUCUUUUUGGUGUAACUGCCUUAGAGAAAGCUGCUUUCCAUGUAAUCCAUUUGAUAUUUAAAAGAACAGGGAGGCACCUUUUUCUUUGCGAUAAUGAUGAAGGGAGGCCUCCAUUACUUAAACGCAUGGUGGAAGACAAGGGUGAACUACAGUUCUUGUCUGCGUUGCGUUCAUUCAAGCGCCGAGUUGCAUAUUCAAAUGUUGGCUAUGAUCAUGUUGUUGGUUGGAGAACAUCAUCUAUUAGACGUAAUAAUGAACUACCCAAGUGGGAAGACUCCUUUAAUGAGAAGUAUCCUCACAUUGUGUAUGAAGAACAUUGCAAGGCAUGUGAGGGUGAGCAGGGUGAGUCUGUUGUGAAGGAGGAUGAUUCUUUGGACAAGUUGGAAGAAGAAUUGGUGACUGGUUUAUCUAGAGUGUCAUGGGAUAAAGUGGACGUUAGCUUUCACAGGAUCAGGCGUAGGUUUGCUUCUCACACUGUUAUUCAGGUGAAGGAUCAAAAAAUAGAUGCCGAAGGUGCUGAUGUUAUACAACAUAUGAUCGAUAAUUUUAUCGUAUAGAGGCCAAAAUCAAAUCUGAAAUUUUCAAGGUGAUCAAUGAUUUGCAUGGAGGGGCAUAUCUAGAGGGUUUAUUAUUAGUUCACACGAACCUAGUAAAUUUUGCCAAACUCUCUAUAUAUAUGUAUAUAUAUAAAAAAAAAAUAUUAAAUAUCUACAGUAUGAGUGUGUAACUUUUACUAUUAUAUUAUUAACUUGAGUUUGUUAUAGGAACUUGUAAGUUUCAAAUGUUGGAUUCGUCUCUGGGCUUUGCAGGUUAGGUUCUUCUAUGAAUCGUUUUAGACAA